UCCUCAGCCGCCUCACCUGUCAGGCUGAAUCACCGAGGCUGCAGAACUUCUCUGCAUGGCAAACACCAAAAACCAAAACAACAGCUACACACUGAACACAGCAGCGACAUGGACUCUCCAGUGAAGGAUUGCCCAGUCAGACCGGGCUUUCACAGAAUCGAGAUCCAAAAGACGACGUGGGACGUGCCGGACAGAUACACGACGCUGAGGUCGAUCGGCUCCGGAGCUUACGGGACAGUGUGCUCGGCCAUUGACCAGAAGACCAAGGAGAAGGUGGCCAUCAAGAAGCUGUAUCGGCCUUUCCAGUCCCUGAUACACGCCAAGCGAGCCUACAGGGAGCUCCGGCUGCUCCGCCACAUACAGCAUGAAAACGUGAUCUGCCUCCUUGAUGUCUUCACGCCAGACUCAACUCUGGAGAAAUUCCAAACCUUUUAUUUGGUGAUGCCCUUUGUAGCCCAGGAUCUGGGCCACAUUUUGAAAAAGAAGAGACUAACAAAUCGCAUCAUCGUUUAUCUGUUCUACCAACUUCUAAGGGGCCUGAAGUACAUACAUUCUGCAGGGAUCAUUCAUCGGGAUCUAAAACCUGGUAAUCUUGCUGUGAGUGAGAAUUGCGAAUUAAAGAUCCUGGACUUUGGGCUGGCGAGGCAAACGGAGAGCGAAAUGACCGGCUACGUAGUGACACGCUGGUACAGAGCUCCGGAGGUCAUAUUUAACUGGAUGCACUACAGUCAGACAGUGGAUGUGUGGUCAGCUGCCUGCAUCCUGGCUGAGAUGCUCACUGGCCAGGUGCUUUUCCCGGGACACGACAGUAUCGAUCAGCUAAAGAAGAUCCUGCGUCUGACGGGAACACCAGACCCCUCCCUGGUGCAGAAGAUGCAAAGUAAAGACGCGCAGUCGUACGUUCAAGGUCUUCCUCCGCAAAAGAAGAAAAACUUCAAGGAAGUGUUUUCAUCCCUGGAAAAGAAUGCGGUGGACCUGCUGGAGGGGAUGCUGCUGCUGGACCCGGAGAUGAGGCUGACAGCCAAGCAGGGGCUAUCUCACCCCUUCCUGGACGAAUACCACGACCCAGAGAGCGAACCAGACUCCAAGCUCUACGACGACUCCUUCGAGAGUUUGGAGCUCGCGGUCGGCGAGUGGAAGAGUCUCAUCCACAUGGAGAUCAUGACCUUCGACCCUGACGACCCCAGUAAGACAGCCGUGUAGGACGCUGCACUCGCUGGCGCCUCCCGGUGUUUGGUUGUAUUACAUGCACAUACAAGAAAAGGUCAAAACAGAGUCGUCCUCUGAUUUCACUAAGAAGCAAAUAUUUGGAUAAGAAUAGACCCUCGUGCUGUUUUUCAACCACUUCUCAAGGUAUUCAUCCCACCAUCCUGUCUGGGAAUGUUCAAUCUUGAAGGCUGUAAGAAAAAAAAAUAAUAAUAACACUACAAACUGGCCGCGAGUCAAAAUGAUUUCAUUUCCUGCCUCAGGGAGAAACUCUUACGCUCUGCAAGAGGUUUGUUUUAUUUCAGUGGAUCACGUUCAUUCAUUCACGGACUGACCCUGGUUGAUAAUAUGAAAUAUAUUCACUAGUUACAUUUGCUCCACGUGGACUUAUACUGUAUUCAUUAUUGAGGAUGUUUUUUGUGUAACGUGUUCUGGAUAUAUUUAUAUAUAUACACAGGGUGAACAGAGCAUUUUUACAUUUAAAAUUUACAUGUUAUUACAGCCUGUUUUUGUUCGUGGUUAUUUGUCUGUUCAGCCUCGGGUCAUGUGUUUUAAAAUGAAACAUUUCAAUAAAAAAACAACAAUAAUCAAGAA